UUAAAGCAUAGACUCAUUGAAUAAACAAUACAAUUGACAUGAUUUACAAUUAAUACAAUCAAUGGUUAAUCAUUACAUAAGAUAUGACAAUAUAUAUCAAAUGUGUGACCAAAUGGUGUGUCUCUUAACCGAAGAGUGUCUCUGUUUGGAUGCAAACAAAGCGUUGAGUAAUCAAUGAAUUGAUUUGUUAGUCAAAGCAAAGCACAGACUCACUGAGCGAUCGUUUCCCGGCUUUUAGACAUUCAAUUGGUUUCAUACUAUUUGUCACAUUAUUUGGUCCAACUUUAUCAACAACUCGUCUAAUAAAUACAUAUUACAAGAUGUCAAACAUUGAAGAAGAGACAGACAUGAAUGAGCCCAAUGAAGAAGUAGAAGAUGUCAACAACAAACAAGAGGAAGAGGAAGAAAUUGAUGAAUCAAAGAGUGCAACUCCUGCUGAGUCAGAGGUCGGUGAAAAUUUGGUUCAAUUGAUAUCAUCUCAAGACUUUAACGCUACUUUAACUGAAGACAGAUCUAAACGAUUUGAUUAUCUUCUGAAACAAACAGAAAUAUUUUCACAUUUUAUGACAUCUGGUGCACAUCCGACCACUCACUCUGCGGUACCCAAAGCCAAACCGGGUCGCAAACCAAAGAUUAAAUCACAGGAACCGGAAUCAGAAUCAUCACAAAAGCAGAAGUCAGGCGAUGUCGGCGAUCACAGACAUCGUAAGACCGAACAAGAAGAGGAUGAAGAGUUGUUAACCGCAUCCAAGAAAGCACUCAAUUUUUUUCGUUUUGAAGAGAGUCCCAGUUAUAUAAAAGGCGGUGAAAUGAGAGACUAUCAGGUCAGAGGUCUUAAUUGGAUGAUUAGUCUCUAUGAGAAUGGAAUCAAUGGUAUUCUGGCCGAUGAAAUGGGUUUAGGAAAGACAUUACAGACAAUCAGUUUAUUAGGUUAUAUGAAGAAUUACAAGAGUAUUCUCGGACCUCAUAUGGUGAUCGCACCGAAGUCUACACUCACUAAUUGGAUGAAUGAAGUAAAGCGUUGGUGUCCAUCACUUAAAGCUGUCUGUCUUAUUGGUGAUCAACAAAGCAGAGCAGCACUGGUUAGAGAUGUAUUAUUAGGGACACCAAAUGAAUGGGAUGUAUGUAUCACUUCUUAUGAGAUGAUCAUUCGUGAGAAAGCAGUACUCAAGAAGUUUAACUGGAGAUAUAUAGUGAUAGAUGAGGCGCAUCGCAUCAAAAACGAAAAGAGCAAACUCUCUGAGAUUAUUAGGGAAUUCAAGUCAACGAAUCGUCUAUUACUUACGGGAACUCCUCUUCAAAAUAAUUUACAUGAAUUGUGGGCUUUACUAAACUUUCUUCUUCCCGAUGUUUUUAAUUCAUCAGAAGAUUUUGAUUCUUGGUUUAACACUAAUAACUGUUUGAUUGGCGAUAAUUCUCUCGUCGAAAGAUUACAUGGAGUUCUUAGACCUUUUUUAUUACGACGUCUUAAAAGUGAUGUCGAAAAGAAAUUGAAGCCAAAAAAAGAAACGAAAAUUUAUCUCGGAUUAAGUCGUAUGCAAAGAGAAUGGUAUACAAAAAUUUUGAUGAAAGACAUUGAUAUUGUCAACGGCGCCGGAAAGAUGGAUAAAAUGCGUUUACUUAACAUUUUAAUGCAAUUAAGAAAGUGUGCGAAUCAUCCGUAUUUGUUUGAUGGCGCAGAACCCGGUCCUCCAUAUACUACAGAUAAGCAUUUGGUGGAAAACUCCGGUAAGAUGGUUAUUCUCGACAAACUAUUGAUGCGACUUCAAGAAGAAGACAGUCGAGUACUUAUAUUUAGUCAAAUGACGCGAAUGCUUGAUAUUUUGGAAGAUUAUUCAUUUUGGAGGGGAUAUAACUAUUGCCGAUUAGAUGGACAAACAUCUCAUGAAGAAAGAGAGCGUCAAAUUUAUGAGUUUAAUAAACCCGAUUCCGAGAAGUUUUUGUUUAUGUUAAGUACUAGAGCUGGAGGUUUAGGUAUCAAUUUGGCCACCGCUGAUGUUGUCAUACUAUACGAUUCAGAUUGGAAUCCUCAGGUGGAUCUUCAGGCACAAGACAGAGCUCACAGAAUCGGACAAAAGAAAGUGGUUCGAGUGUUUCGAUUAAUUACUGAUAAUACUGUCGAAGAAAGGAUUGUUGAGAGGGCAGAGAUGAAGCUUAAACUGGACACUGUUGUCAUACAACAGGGAAGACUUGUUGACAGUGCGGGCAAUAAACUUGGAAAAGACGAGAUGUUAGGAAUGAUUAGACACGGAGCUGACCAUAUAUUCGCAUCUAAAGACAGUGAAAUUACCGAAGAAGAUAUCGAAGCUAUACUCGAAAAUGGAGAGAAAAAGACUGAACAAAUAAAGAAGAAAUUGGACGAAAUGGGCGAAAGUAAUCUAAGAAACUUUACACUCGAUACGGGAGAGUCGAGUGUCUAUAAGUUUGAAGGAGAGGACUAUCGAGAAAAGCAGAAGUUGACACAAUUAGCAUGGAUUGAACCACCAAAACGUGAACGUAAAGCUAACUAUGCUGUUGACGCUUAUUUCAGAGAAGCUUUACGUGUUAGUGAACCGCGUGCUCCAAAAGCUCCUCGUCCUCCAAAACAACCAAAUGUUCAAGACUUUCAAUUUUUUCCGCCACGACUUUUUGAACUUCUUGAUAAAGAAAUCUAUUAUUUCCGUAAAACUGUUGGCUAUAAAGUUCCCAAAAAUCCAGAGUUAGGUAAUGAAGCGUCAAAAGUACAAAAAGAAGAACAGAGACUCAUUGAUGAAAGCGAAUCGCUUACUGAAGACGAAAUUACAGAAAAGGAGACACUAUUACAGGAGGGCUUUACCACUUGGACCAGACGUGACUUCAAUCAAUUCAUUAAAGCUAAUGAAAAAUAUGGCAGAGACGACAUGGACUCAAUUUCUAAAGAAGUGGAGGGAAAGACUGUGGAUGAAGUGAUUGAAUACGCAAAUGUCUUUUGGGACAGAUGUCAUGAAUUGACUGAUUGCGACAGAAUUAUGGCUCAAAUUGAAAAAGGAGAGCAAAGAAUUCAAAGACGUCAAGACAUCAAGAGUGCUCUCGACGCUAAAAUGUCUCGAUAUAGGGCUCCCUUUCAUCAGUUAAGGAUAGCCUACGGAACAAAUAAAGGCAAAAAUUAUACCGAAGAAGAGGACCGCUUCCUCGUCUGUAUGCUUCAUAAAUUGGGUUUUGAUAGAGAAAUGGUUUACGACGAACUAAAGUCUGGUAUUAGAGGUGCCUCUCAGUUCCGCUUUGAUUGGUUUAUCAAAAGUCGUACCGCUUCUGAACUUCAGAGACGAUGUAAUACUUUGAUUACACUAAUUGAAAGAGAAAAUCAAGAAUUGGAAGAAAAAGAGAGACAAACCAAGAAAAAGCCCGGACCUAAACCUGGACUAACCAGAGGACCCAAUAAGAGACCGGCGCCCGUAGAGACCGGCAAACGCAAGAAAAAAAGAUAAAACUGUUGAUGACAUGAAUCAGACUUACUUACAAUAAUUAGUUAAUCUCACAGAUAAUGCCAGUCUUUGUCACACAGUAUUGAAAUUCAUAUUUAUUUAUAAAUUAAGUAUUUAAAUGACAACUAUUUUUCUUGUUUGACAUUCAAAAAGACUUGUAAUGUUUUUCUAUAAAUAAAUUAUU